AUGGCUUCGGACGAGUAUGCUGAGCUCUUUGCGGAAGAUCCAGAGGCAUUCUUACAGGUUCCAUUGCCGCCGAACUUGCCUCGGCUAUUAGAUGAUGCUGAACGUGCGCGAAAGGCAGAUGUGAAGACAGAGCUCAAAGACUUCUGUCCUGUGGCCUUGGUCGAAACUGGAGAGCUUGUGAAGGCAGCCAUGAAGUUCAUGCGUCAGCCGAUGCGCUACCGAACCGCCAAGCUUCCGCCCAAGCUGCCACCGGAGGUGUCGAAAGAGGAGCGAUUGGCAGUCGGCAACCCAGCAACGACGCGUGACACAUCACCCUUCAGCCUUUGGGAGGCUAGUGUGGCAGAGCUCAUUUGCCAGGGCUUGGUGGAAACUGGCGAGUGCAGGAACCGACUUUUCGACUUUUCGAUGCGCAUAGUGCCUUUCAGCGCAGCUUGGACCUCUACGGAGAGCGCCAAGUUCCAAGAGCUCUGCGCGCGCUUCGAUGAGGUCGCUGAAGUCACGGUGCGAGGUCGCGCGGUGAAAGGUCCACGAUGGCUGACGGCGGAGAAGAGGUCUGAGGGACAGAGGGAGCGCUGGAACCCUCCUGUCACGAUUGGAUGGGGUCUCCCGGACGGAAAGGCCAUGUACCUGAACGGCGACACCUACGAUGGCACCUAUGUGGAAGGUCUCCGAGCAGGAAAAGGCAUUUAUACCUUCAAAAAGUUCGGUGACUCCUACGAAGGCAAAUACGAGGAGAAUAGGAAGCAUGGAUUCGGCAAGAUGAUCUACAGGAACAACAUCUCAGAGGAAGAGGACCCUCCAGACGAAAAUGCUCCACCACGAGGAGGUAGCUACCUUGGCAACUUCACUGCGGGCCUUCGGGGCUGUGCGGCGAACGUCAACCCAGAUGAGGCACCUUCGGAAGGCACCUUCACAUAUGUGAAUGGGGAUGUCUAUGCGGGUCAGUGGCGAGAAGGAAAGAAGCAGGGCAAAGGUACUUACACGUUUGCGAAGGAUGGAACGCAGCUGAUUGGAGAAUGGGAAGAAGGGAAGAUCACCAGCGGAAAGUGGGUCUUUCCCAAUGGCACCUUCUACUGUGGCAAGUUCAGGUACAACAAGCCCUUUGGGAAAGGUGUUUGGGUCUUCAAGAAUGGCAAUCAGCUCACGGGGGAUUACGUGCAGAAGGAACAGCCGACUGAAGAAGAGCCACCAGAUGACGAGACCGCUCCACGACCUGAUCCCAAGGCGCGUGGAACAUUUGGAGAAACCGAUGUUAGCGGGGGGUGGGGAAAUAUGUCUUGGUCUUUUGAAACUUUGACUAACGAUUGCAUAGAGCUUGGCGGUCACACGGCCAUAGAUAAAUUUAUUGUGGAGGCAGACAUUGAUGGCGACAAACGGAUGAAGCUGCUAGCAUGCAUGGCAUGGACAAGACUUGUUGGGCUGAUGUGAAGGUUUGGUGCCAGUUCAAGCCGAAAGCUAGCGUGGCAGUUCGUGGUGGCUCCAUGUCACGGCCUUGGGAUCAGAGAUUGAUA